CGCGCGCAUUGGAGGCGACACACAGAUUACCUGGACGCGGCACCAAGAAGCCGAAGCGCGCUGAUAGCGAGCUCCCCAGGACCAUUGCGAGCCGACUACUUUUUCAGAACGAUAGAAAACUUGAUCGUAGGUUUGCCAACAGUAAUUGCAUAUCAGGUAGCAAACGCUGUUUGCGCCACGGUAAUUGCCAGGGGCCAGGACCCGCAACGCUAUAAACCACAGCUGGAGUAUAUUAAGUUACAGUUGCGUACACCGUGCGACAAGCGUACAUAUCCUAUAGAGGAUCUCAGCGGUCUGCUUGAGGAUCCGGAUUUUGAUCCGAACAAAAAGACCGUUAUAUUCUCAACCGGUUGGACUACCACGGUGAAUAAUGAACGCCAUGACGCUAUGGCUAAGGCAUACAACUGUCCCGGUGACACUAAUUAUCUGGCGCUGGAUACUGGCGAAUACAUAAAUACGCUCUAUAUUUGGUCAGCACAAAACACAGACACAAUCGGUAAAUAUCUCGCUGAGGCCAUUCAACGUCUCAUCGAGUUUAUAGACGUAGACGACUUGCACGUGAUGGGUCACAGCUUGGGCGCACAAAUAGUAGGCUCGGCAGCGCGUCACUAUCGCCAGUUGACGGGCAACAGCUUACCUUACGUGACCGGUUUAGAUCCCGCCUUACCGUGCUACAACGAAGGUGAGGUCCUCACCACCAUCUCGGCAAGCGAUGCCGAAUUCGUUGACAUUAUACAUACAAAUUCUGGUGCUAAUGGACAGUAUCAAGCUAAUGGGAAUGUGGAUUUCUAUGUUGGCGGUAAAUUUCUUAUUCAGAAUGCCUGCAGAACUCCGCAAUGCUCACAUGAAAUCGUUUGGAAGUACUACGCGGAGUCGGUCUAUCCCAAUAAUGAGCGCGAUUUUCUGGCAAAGCGUUGCAACACACUGUAUAGCCUGCAGGAUGGUAGAUGUAAUGGUUCUGAGUUUCCUAUGGGCUAUGCUGUGCCACAUUUCUUAAUUGGCAGUUAUGUGCUUGAUGCGAAUGAUGAGAAACCCUAUGGCAAAAAUCCUACGGCGGAGUAUACAGAUCCUGAUAAUUCGCCCUGUGGCGCUUGUUCUUUUGCCAGCACUUAA